UUUUACUGGGAGUGAUCAGGACAGGAUUAGAAAUGAGUAUAUCUGAGGGAUCGAUCAGGCUGAACGGUUUGGAGACUAAGUUAGCUGGGCAAACAAGACCUGGAUGGUUUUUACAUAUGCAGAGGAGGGAUAUUGCAUAUAUUCAACAGAUGUUGAUGAUAGAACUGCCAGGCUGGAGGAAAAGAGGAAGGGCACAGAGAAGAUUCAUGGAUUUCGUGAAGGACAACAUUCACAGGGUUAGUGUGACAGAAGAGGUUGCAAAGGAUAGGUUGAGUGGGAGGCAUAUGAUCUGAUGUGGCGACCCCUAAAGGGCACAGAUGGAACAAGUAGUUCUUUUUUUAAUGCAGAGAUGCACAUUUCAUCAGAAACCUGUUCUAGUGAUGCCAUUGUGUUUUACAGUACCAUGUCACAUUUAUUCAGCAGACUGUAGCCUCGGGUGGUUGUAAACAAUUAACACUUGUAAGUAUUGGGAAUAGGCAGUAGUCAGCAGCAAAGUCUUUUAAGGGUUUUGCUUAUUUUAAUGGAAUAGACUUAUUUUUUGCUGAGAUAUGUCAAGAAUCAAUUAAUCUUCUGUGUUCUUUGAGGAAAACCCACAGGUAUUGAUCGAGCAGUCACUUGUAAAUGGUCUGUGUCCGGUGCGGAGAUGGGACAACACAUUUUAGAAUGGUAUUCAGAGCUUGUGUGUGGCUGUAGAGGAGGUCGUCUAAUCUGAAGUUGUAAUGGCAGAAGCAGAAGGAGCAGGUGUCGACCUCAGCAGGAAGUUUGUGUCUGAAGCAGAGCUUGAUGAGAGGAGGAAAAAGAGACAGGAGGAAUGGGAGAAAAUCAGAAAACCUGAUGACCCAGAGGAGGUCCCAGAGGAGGAGUAUGACCCACGCUCCCUCUUUGAGCGGCUGCAGGAACAGAAAGACAAGAAACAAGAAGAAUAUGAGGAGCAGUUUAAAUUCAAGAACAUGGUGAGGGGAUUGGACGAGGAUGAGAGCAGUUUCUUGGAUGAGGUCUCCCGGCAACAGUGUCUGGUGGAGAAACAACGCAGGGACGAGGAGAAAAAGGAGCUGUUGGAAUACAGAAGCGCUGUUGUGAAGCAAGCAUCUGCAGAGAGCCGCAGAGAACCUGAAAAGAAGGCGGCACCUAAAGGGGUGGAGCACAGGACCAGCCACCUGUCACAGGCCCAUUUAUUAGUUGGAGCUGUAAAGAGACGCAAUUCCUCACAAUCAGACAGCAGUAAGAAACAGAAAGUGGAAAUCACAACAACAGCAACGACAGGAAAUGGAGAAAAACACACAGGUCUUACACUUAAGUUGUGCUUUCCAGAAGAGGGGGGCGGAGCAGGAGGAGGGGCAGAGGGAGCCAAAGAUCAACAGACAGUCCCUGGCGUCACUGCAAAGCCGCCCUCAGCCGCCUUGAGCUCCGGCCAAGGCGUACUACACUUGCCGUCAGCGGCCGUGUGUGUCGGUGUUUUACCAGGACUCUGCGUUUAUUCCGGCAGCAGCGACUCUGACAGCAGCUCGGACAGCGAAGUUUAAGCCGAGCAACCAAUCCCGCACUGCCUACCCUGAUGACAUCCUGCCCCCCCACACUCCCUUCCCAACCCAAGCCACAACGGCUGCAAGCUGUGCUAUUGGCUGAGGGAACAGUGAUUGACAGCUGUGGAGCAAGGAAGAGACUGCUUUAGACUGUCACAUGACUCACACCUUUUAGCUAUCUGCAGCAGAGGAGUGAGAGCAGGACUGCGUUUGGGUUGAAUGCCGAGUCUGUUUGGAUUGAAAAAUUCUGUUUUUAUUUGUGUGACGUAAUGUAUGUUUGUUUAAAAGUUGCUUUAUUCUGGGAAAAUGCUGGACUGUUUAUUGCCGUCUCAGACUUCGGGGCAUCUGAGAAGAAUGAAAUAAAGAGAUUUCCCUGUGU